AGCACGCGGUGAAACGUUCCGGUCGGCCCACCUAUUUCCCUCUGACGAACCCGGAAGUUGUUUGCCUGUGUCCCUCUGACUGGAAGCAGGAGGGCAGCUCGGACUCCUUAAAUCUCUCCAGUUUGUCGUAUAAAGUGGGCCUCAGCCAUUGAGCUCGCUGUCUGUGCAAGUGUGUGUGUGGCUGUGUGCAUGUGUGCGUGUAUGUGUGUUUUGAAGUGAUGUACUGUUCGUACCAGGAUCGAGAGGAGUUGGAGGAUGAUCUCUAUCAAGAGGGUGAUGGGGAUUCCGAUGAGUCGGAGGCCAACAGCGAGCUGGAGUUUCACCUCUAUAGCCAGCUCCACUAUUCUUCUAAUGCUGGGGAUACUGGGGAGCAGGUGGACAGAGAAGAGGAAGCGGCCUGUAGGGAAAACCAGCAGCCUGAGGUUCCUGUGAAGUCUGCAGAUGUUGACAGAGAACGCAAACACAAUGGAGAAAGUACGCCUUCGUCACUUGAAAUAAGCAAGCUGCUGCAAAACCUGAAGAAGGAGGAGAGGAGGGAGACUGAGGAGAGAAGGGGUAAAAAGAGGAAAAGUACCCCUAAAGAUCAGAGGUCAUCUUCAUCUUUUUUCGAGGAAGUCAUCGUGAUCGACUCCAGCCCUAAUGUCAUCUCCAUCUCUGACGACACUGCUGAUGAUGACGAGGAAGGUGUCUGUGCCUUAAAGGGGCAAAGCUCACAGCGGGUACAGACUUCCACCCCUGCCCGAGAGGUAACCCAGAAAAGGAAGGGGACUCCUGGUAAGCCAGUGAUUGUGGACAUCAGCAGCUCAGAGUCUGAUUCCGAUUUGUCAUCUGAUUCGGAAGAUCUGGAGAACUGGAUGAUCCUGGGUCGAGGUAAUCAGGAUGGAGACCAGACCAUCUCACUUAACCUGGAGGGAGAGGACUCCAUCUCACUCGACCUGGAGGAAGACUUUGACAGCCGUGCAGGUGUUGGAGAAAAAAAAGGGGGCAGCUGGUUGGUCUCUGCAAAGGACAAGGAGGCUCAGAUCUAUAACAAAGACAAGGGUGCCAGGGUAGUGGUUCAGCGUCUGUCAAACAGAUACUACACCGCCAAGAGUGUCCAAUGUAGAAACUGCAACAAGCAUGGACAUCUCUCCAAGAGCUGCCCUGAGCCCAAAAAGAAGUCCUGCUUCCUCUGUGGCGCCCAAGGCCACCAGGUCAGUCAGUGUCCCAAUAGGCACUGCAGCAACUGUGGCCUGCCUGGACACCUCUACGACUCCUGCAGCGAGGGAGCGUACUGGCAUAAACAGUGUCACCGUUGUGGGAUGACGGGGCACUUCUUUGACGCUUGUCCAGAGAUCUGGAGGCAGUAUCACAUCACGACUAAGAAAAUGUCUAAAAUGGGUGUUCCUCAAAAGAAGAAGGGAGGAGACCGGGGUCGGACCCCCGCCUACUGCUACAACUGCUCCAGGAAGGGACACUAUGGCCACGCAUGUACACGGCAGAGAAUGUUCAACGGAACAUAUCCAUCCACCCCGUUCAUCAACCGCUAUGACACUGUGGAGGACAUCGAGCGCAGACAACACAGGAUUGGGUUGAAGGUUCAAGAAUUGCAGAAAAAUGGCAAUUUCCCUGCCGGUCCACUGACCCCUCGCACUCCAGGACCACCGAAGAAGAAACAGAAAAUCAACCAUAAGUCUAACCACACACCUCACAAAAGUCCUAACAACAGCAAACCCAGCCCAAGCCACAUCUUUUUUAAUGACACACAUGACUUUAUGGCCCCGACACCCAGAACAUAUAAAUCCAAAAAGCACAAGCAACAGGAAAGCAGCAGCAAUGUGAAAGCAUGGAAACCCAAGAGACCAGUGCCCACCUCGAGAAACCCACCAGCUAAACUAAUUUUCGAUGAGGCAGAUGACUUUCCCAGAGGUGGAGGCAGAGCGGCGAGCUUGGAGAUAAAGAAGAAGAAAAGGAGGAGGAAACCAAGGCGAGCUGCUUCAGCAGCACCAGUGGGACACAAAGAUAGCAAAGCAGACCGUCGCAGUUGGACUGGAGAGAUGCACGGGUCAGAGCCAAAGCCAGAGAAAGCGAAGAGGAAAAGGGGGUUUAAAAACAAGAAGUUUGCUGAGAAAAAAGCUGCCACAAAGACGCACCCGACGGAUGAAAACCUGUUUCUCAUUAAACAGAGGAAACGCAGCAGAUAGCAGUUCUUGUGACGUGUGGCUGUCAGGGCUGAGACAUCUAUGACCAGGAUACUCCCGAAUGUGUGCAUGACAUUUAGGGACGUGUCAGACAUCCGGUUGACUGCAAAACAGUUUGUCAGGCUGCUUCAGGGGGAUCAUAGGUUAUUUUUCACAGAAGAUAUUUUGACGUGUCACAGCAGGAUGUAAGAAAUAAGACUGAAUGAUGACUCAAUUCAGCUGCUUCAGUUUCAGGGUCCUGGUAUUAUUCAUAUUGGCUUACGGUCGCUUGAAUAGGUCAGAACCAAAGUUAGAGCACCAGUGUUUAACUUCCUGGAUAAACAUAGUUGAUCGCCAGGUUGUCAAAUAUUGAUACUCUUGUUUGUUGCCAGCUCAAAAGAUGAUCUGGGAAUGAGACUAAUCAACCAGCUAUCUUUCUCCAGCAAGCUACAUUCUGUUGCUUUGAAGGGUAGAUUGACGAUUUGUCAAUUCUAUCUUAAGAUGAUCAUCAGGUGUCCAUAUUAACAUUGACCUUGCUGUAAUCAUUCUUCCUGUUUAUCCCCGACAUUAUGGGCUUUGAAAAUGGUGAACCUUUCCUUUAAUGUUAUUAAUUUCACAUGUGCUUUUAACAAGUCGAAAUGUCUGCUGUGAAAAGAUCUAUUGUCUUUGGUACUGUAGUUUGGGCUGCUUUUCAGUUUCAUACUGUGGUCAGUGUUAAAAUGACACCAGAUUCAAACAGUGGCAUCACUUCAUGACAUUUUCACGAUGAGCGAACAAUUAAGUUGCAUCAACCUACAAUGUUUUCAGUUUUCAGUAAUUGACUAUUACUAUUAUUGCUAUCAUAUCCUUUAAUUUCUUCAUUCAGUGUGUUUCUGCACAUUGAACAGAUGCUGCGUCCUGAAGGACAGUCAGAUAAUUUCUUCGUGCCUCUGCUCUGAACAUAUAGCUUCAAAAUUGUUGCUGCUUUUUGAAGUUGGAACCAAAGAAUGAUGAUGUUUGUGUUGUUCAAAAUACACUUGGAAAUUGUCCUUUUUCAUUUAGAUCUGAAUGAUUUUCUAUCUAAGUAUAUGAACAUACUGUAAAUAUGUCUAUUACACAUAUGUAAUGCCAAUCUACUGAUUUGACUUUUGCAGUUCCUGGGUGAUCUGGACAAAAUGCAUCACUGACACGCAGCCCUGACAGUAUUAACUUUUAUCUUAUUUAUCUGACUAUUUAAAUUCAGUCGGACAUGGUCUUUUUUGUUAUGGUUAUAACAGGAUGAAACAUUAUCACUAACAUAAAGAGUUUGGUUCUUGGAUGAUAGUACUGGUUACCUGAAGUCUCUUGGAUGUAUAAAACUUGAAUCUUCUCUGUCUGCCUUCAGUUCUGUGACUCAGAAGGAGAAAUCAGUUUUGUGCUUCACUAAGGCCUGGUUUGACUUGAAACUCUUUCUUAAUCACUCAUGUAAAUUAUAAAGAUAAUCCAUUAAAGUAAUCUGGUUCCAGUC